AUGGAAAACGAGCGUGAAGUUUGCUUGUGCAGCAGCCUCGUCUAUUCCGGGUUUGGGAAACUUGGCUACAAUCUUACGGCACUGAAAACUUCCAACGACCGUGACAAAUUCAGCCGCGGCGUGGUAGAAGAACUACGCGGCAAGGUGCCUACGGCCUCUGUCAGCGAUCUUGUCUUCCAUGCACCAGCUGUCGUUGCCUUUUUGUGGAAAGAAAGCUAUGGGGUCAUCUGUGAAGAUCUUGGCGCACCAAAGCUCGCAAGGUACGAUUUGUCAAAUCGUGUCAUUAAGGUCGGCACUGAGGGGCUCUAUACCUACGCCGUUUAUUUCGGCGACGUUUGUCCUCUGCAUCGAGGUCCUUCUUUUGCCUUGGAGAGCACAGAAGUCGCAGUGUCGCUGAAUGAAACAUAUUACAACUUGGAAACACUUCCAAUCAGUGCGCUAGGUAUCGAUUUCAAUUCGUUGGAUAUGUUCUAG